AUGAACUUAACCGCCGCUACAUUGGUGGCUCUGGCCUCGAUGACCAUUGCUGCCCCCUCCCAGACCAUCAAGGAGCAACCUCCACAGGCCGCUUUUGCCUGCUCCGCUAACGUCUCCCUGGAUGCGAAGACCAAUAUCUUCUCCAAGUAUACCCUACAUGCCAACAGCUUUUACCGUGCUGAGAUUCAAGCCGCCGCCGCCGCUAUCUCGGAUGGUUCCCUGAAGGCUAAGGCCCUGAAGGUCGCUGAUGUCGGCUCCUUCCUCUGGCUUGACACCAUUGCUAACAUCCAGCGUCUUACACCCGCCAUUGCCGACGUUCCCUGCGACCACAUCCUCGGCCUAGUCAUCUACAAUCUUCCCGGCCGUGACUGUGCUGCCAACGCCUCCAACGGCGAGCUGAAAGUUGGAGAGCUAAACCGUUACAAGACGGAGUACAUUGACCCCAUUGUCAAGAUCCUGAAGACGAACCCCAAGACUGCCUUCGCUCUCGUCAUCGAGCCCGACUCCUUGCCCAACUUGGUCACCAAUGCCAACCUUCAGACGUGCCAGAACUCGGCAUCGGGUUACCGCGAUGGCGUUGCAUACGCCAUCAAGACCCUCAACCUCCCCAACGUGGUCAUGUACCUCGAUGCUGGCCACGGAGGUUGGCUUGGGCCUGGUUCCGAAGAGCUCGCCAAGGCAUACAAGGCUGGUGGCAGCCCUUCGCAGCUUCGAGGUAUCGCCACCAACAUUGCCGGGUGGAAUUCUUGCCCGGUGAAUUCGCCAACCCCCCGGGCCCCGGAUGGCCAGUACAACAAGGCCCAGAACGAGAAGAAGUACGUGACUCUCCUCGGUGUCGCCCUCCAGGCAGCCGGCAUGCCCAACCACGCCAUUGUCGACACGGGGCGCAACGGGGUACAGGGCCUCCGUCUGGAGUGGGGCGACUGGUGCAACGUCAACGGCGCCGGCUUUGGCCUCCGCCCGAGCGGCAGCACCGGCCUCGAGCUUGCGGAUGCCUUUGUGUGGGUGAAGCCUGGUGGUGAGUCUGACGGGACCAGCGACUCGAGCGCUACACGGUACGAUUCGUUCUGCGGCAAGUCUGAUGCCUACAAGCCGUCUCCCGAGGCUGGUUCUUGGAACCAGGCCUACUUUGAGAUGCUGCUCAAGAAUGCCAAGCCUUCUUUCUAG